CUGUAUUUAAUCUUCGGAUGUUUAGAUUUCUUGUUUGACGUUGAUUAUUUCAAUGUUGCCGCGUACUUUUAACACAAUUGUUUCAGUAUCGUUUUUUUCUCUGUGGAAAUAACGAAAUUUCACCAUGGUGCUAAGUGAAGUAGAUAAAUUUCUCCAAGAAUUAGAGAAAGCUGAGUUGGAGGCGCCUGGUGGAGUUGCAUCACCACAAACUUAUGCUCAAUUAUUAGCCGUAUAUCUUUAUCAAAAUGAUCUAUGCAACGCCAAAUACUUAUGGAAGCGGAUACCAGCGGACUUGAAAAGCGGAAACAGAGAACUUGGCCAGAUAUGGGUGGUAGGACAACGUAUGUGGCAGAGAGAUUGGCCUGCAGUACACGUGGCCCUUAAUGCAGAGUGGAGUGAGGAUGUUUCUGACAUUAUGGCUGCUUUAAAAGAUAAUGUUCGAGAAAGAGCAAUUAUCUUAAUAUCCAGGGCUUAUUCGUCAUUGGGUUUAACCGUGUUCGCAUCAAUGACGGGCUUAACGUUGGAGGAAGCGCGUCGGGUUGCUAUCGAAAGAGGUUGGGUCGUAGAUGGGACGAUGGUGCAGCCUUGCAAGAUCCAGAAAGAAGAGAGUAACCUCGCCCAUGAGGUGUGUCUGACCGAGGAUCAGCUGUACAAACUCACUCAAUUCGUGUCUUUCUUGGAAAACUAAACAGGUAGCAGCGAUGCUCACACAACAUGAAGACACGAACAUCGACAGUACUUUAAACUUAGUUUUACCUCGUAAUCGUAUUAUAUAAAGGAGGAAGUGCUUCAAAGGAGGCACCUGUGUCCUUUCCCUAAGUAUAUACCUCGGUCUACCUACGCGUUCUAUUCAAUCGGAAGACUCAUUCAAUGAAGCUCGUUGUAAGCAUGGAGUCAACAACUCGAUUAAUCAAUAACUGGCUGCUGUGUGCGAGGAAACUGGCAUUUUCUAGAAGAAGCACUUUUUACAAGAGAGAAGAUCCACGGACCGCGUCACGGGUUUUAGCUUAAUAUACAUAUAUACGUUCUGAUUAACCAGUGUUCAUUUAGAAUUAAAACACCUGGGAUGAAUUAUUCUGUUGUAUAAAAUAAUAAUCACAGAUGUGAUCAACUAUGUUCUGAUACAACGUCCGAUGUGUAAAAUGUUGCUUGCCUCUGCCA